AUGCGCAGGGCUAACUACGAACGAGAACGUCGAAAUCUUGAGCAAGCUUCCACAUUGUUUGAUGCAAGCGAAACGGCGUUUCAGGAGGGCGAUGGCGUGGUUCUGGACGCCCCUGCCAUGUUUCCCACCGAAAACUUUAAAAAGGGCGACGACAAGGAACAUCACGGUGAUUGGGUCUUUCUGCUUUUUGGGUACCAAGGCAUGAAGAAACGCAGCCACAAGAAAAAGAAACACAGCCAAGCAGCCGAGGACGAGACACAAGCGGGUGCAAACACGGAGGGUCAUUGGAUAUUUGACGACGACAGUAUUGACGACUUUACUGGUAUCCUAUUAGAAGCCCCCCGAGACAUCGAAGUACCUGUGGAAGCAGCUAACAGUUCCAAACACGAGGCAGGCUUGUACGCACAGGCAGCACACGACAUUCAGCGCCGCCAAAGCCUUUGA